AUGCAUAUAAUUGCUCAAAUUUUGGUAUGUCUGACGUUUUUACUGUCAUGUUCGGCUGAUUUAGAGCAGGCCGUACGUGUUGUCAGAUUCCGUGUUGAUUACCCAAAUGCGGAUUUAUCACAGUUGAACAAAGUAAACAAUUGGAACACCAUCUUGAGGAAAAGUGUUCUGGCUUCGUUGAAGUUUGUCAACAAACAUUGGGAAGUUUGUGGAGAUUCGGAGCGAAUGGACAAGCUACUCGGGUAAUUUGAAAAAAGAUAUUUCAAAUUUUAAACCAAAGUUUUUUUAAAUUAUAUUUUUAAAUUUACUUUAAAACUAGACUAAUUUUGUCAUUGAAGGAAUCAAAACGACUGCGGCAAGCUACAAGUAACUGGAGAAAUUGUAGAAGACAAACAUUAUCGAAUUAAUGCCACUUUUAUUGCUAAUAAGUAAGUUAAUAUAGUCAUAAACUUUUUUUGUAUAACAUGUCGCCCGAACCUGUAAAACUUUAAAAAACACAACUACUACUCUAGUCAAUAUAAACAACAAAAAAUUUUAAUCUUAAUAUAAUCUUCUUGUAAAAAAUUCAGAGACCCAAUAAAAAACACAAAAGUAGAAGCCACUUCUACGGUAUACGGUGUGAUUCAAAUCGGCCUGCGCGGUGGUAUAUUCCAAUACACAAAUGCUAUGAAAUUAUUGGGAAAGCCAUCGCCAGUAUUGGAGUUUGAAGACGCACACUUCUGUUAUCCCGAAUAUCAACUGGUCAACGAAAGUCAAUGCAGAUUACGGCCGGAAAAUGGUAGACGAAGAGUCAGCCGAAAUGUGGCCAAAAGAGAUGAUUUUAAAAAUGAUAGCUUAGAAUAG